AUGGAGUCACCUACAAAUGGAGUAGUAGAGUCUUUAUCAGAGGCUCAGAAUUCAGUUUCUGUUGCACAGCAGCAUGUUGGGGUUUUUGAUGUACCUCUAAUCACUCCAGUCCCUAUUUGUAGCGAAACAUGGUUUUAUGUGGCAGAAGUUCUCCUUGCUUUGGAGUACUUGCACAUGCUUGGAAUCAUCUACAGAGACCUUAAACCGGAAAACGUGUUGGUGAGGGAAGACGGUCAUAUAAUGCUGUCGGACUUCGAUCUCUCUCUAAGGUGUGCAGUCAGUCCUACUGUUGUAAAGUCCACAAACUCUUUCUUGGAAAUGAAAACCUCAGGAUAUUGUGUUCAGCCGGCCUGCAUUGAGCCGACUUGCGUGAUGCAGCCGGACUGCAUCCAGCCUUCAUGUUUUACGCCACGCUUUCUUAAAGGGAAGUCGAAGAAGAAAGAAAAGAAGUCAAAACAAAAGAAUGAUGUGCAUAAUCAGGUGACUCCUCUCCCUGAGCUCAUCGCCGAGCCCACGAAUGCGAGAUCAAUGUCAUUUGUAGGAACACACGAAUACUUGGCACCCGAAAUAAUCAAAGGUGAAGGACAUGGUAGUGCUGUAGACUGGUGGACAUUUGGGAUAUUCUUGUAUGAGCUUUUGUUUGGUAGAACACCAUUCAAAGGCUCAGCAAACAGAGCAACUCUGUUUAAUGUUGUUGGCCAGCCCUUAAGGUUCCCAGAAACCCCUACAGUAAGCUUUGCAGCCAGGGACUUAAUCCGGGGUUUACUCGUGAAAGAGCCGCAGAAUCGGCUGGCCUAUCGACGCGGAGCGACAGAGAUAAAACAACAUCCGUUCUUUCAUAAUGUUAACUGGGCGCUGAUCCGCUGUGCGAGUCCUCCAGAGGUGCCAAGGCAGGCCAUGAAGGCCCUCGCAGCGGAAAAGCCGCCUGGUGUCAAGCCUUCUGGUAACUAUUUAGAUAUUGAUUUCUUUUGAUCCUAAUGUCUGUUUUUUCCUUCUUUGGAAUAGUUUCUAUCUUUUACUUUGUG